AUGCCCUCCGUACUCACCACAGCCAUAGAUCAGACCACUUCGCUGUUCAUCUUCGGACUAAUUUUGGCUGUAUUGAUCGUAACCUACGCAACAGUGUGCAUUCAGUACAUCGUCAUUCAAGUCAGCCCUUGGCAGCACCGGCGUGAGAUGAAGGGCAGAAAGAUCAGUAACCACCUGCAUCGCUUCGUGGCCCAUGGAAGAGAGAUGAAGAAGCUCUCUCGGCAACUCAAGGCUGAAGUUGUCCUUAGCCAAUCUCUUGCGGACUGUUUUAAUGCUUACCUAGCGUGUAAUGAACUUCUUCACCAAGUCGAGGCCAAUAACUACCUUGAGGCUUUGAGGGACGAGUGCUAUGAGCAAAACCGCGUAAUUGGACAGCCGAGAAAGAAGGGGCUUCGCCAUGAACGAAAAACAAAGGGCCCUCUGACGUGA